UAGCUCUCAGGUCCCGCAAUCGGAUCAGGCAGCGCGCGCGCGCACGGAGGGGGGGCAGAAGGGGACACGGCUCCACUUCUCCACGAGGCUACUUACCACCUUCCUUCCCACUCUUCACCUCCAUUUUUCCCCAACUGUUUGGAGGAAGACGUACAAACCAUAUAACACAGCUAUUUUUUUUGAACCAUGAGCACUUACACUGUGACACUUGCUGGACCUGCGCCAUGGGGUUUCCGCUUGCAAGGAGGCAAGGACUUCAACAUGCCCCUCACCAUUUCCCGGAUUACUCCUGGGAGCAAAGCAGCUUCAGGUAACCUGACCCAGGGUGACAUCAUCGUAGCCAUCGACGGUGUCCGUACCGAUGGCAUGACUCACCUGGAGGCUCAGAACAAGAUCAAGAGUGCCAACUUCAACCUGGCACUUACCAUGCAAAGGUCAAAGCGCCCAGUCCCUCUGUCCAUGACUGCACCAAGAAUCGAAGCUUCAAUUCCGAUCAUCCCUCACCAGAAGGUUAUUUCCAACAUGCCUGUCAACAACGAGUACGUGCCCAAUUUCAACCCCACUGCCCUGAAGGACACGGCUCUUUCCACCAACAAGCCAAUUGAGGUGAAGGGGCCGGGAGGCAAGGCCACCAUCAUCCACGCCCAGUACAACACUCCGAUUAGCAUGUACUCUCAAGACGCCAUCAUGGACGCAAUCGCUGGCCAGUCUCAGGCCAGAGGGGCAGAACUGGCCGGUAGUCUGCCUGUUAAAGAGCGUGUUAUAGACAGUGCUUCCCCAGUGUAUCAGGCUGUGAAUUCCAGCGGAGAAGUGCUGGAGCCUGCUGAGUGGGCACGGAGAGCUGCCCACAUGCAGUCCAAGUCCUUCCGCCACCUCGCCCACGUCACCGGCACUGAAUACAUGCAAGACCCAGACGAGGAAGCUCUUGCAAGAGCGAGGGAAAUAUUUGAGUCAGGAGCUAAAGGCCCUCGUUUUGCGAAACUGAAAAACUGGCACAAUGGCCUGUCUGCCCAAAUCCUUAACUUAGCUCACUAUACGCCUGUCCAGCAUGCUGCGGUCUCCACCAGCACGGCUCCUGUCGCUCUGUCCGCUUCUGCAGCUUUGCCCAGUCAGUUCACCACUGAGCUGCAGAUAGCCAAUCAAAUGCCUGAGCAGACUGCUGAACCAGCCUCUGUAGGCUCUAGCCAUGUCAGCUUUGUGUCACCCCCUGAGCCACAGGCUGUAUCUCAAGCUGACCCUGUGGCUCACAAGGCCCAUGAGGCCCCCAUUCUCCCCAAUGAGGGGCCACGCCACCUGUCGCUUGCUGCUUCAACCAUUUCUACUGCUUUGACUGCUCAAUCUAGAAACCAUGUGUAUAAGAAAGGGCCGCCGCCCACCUCUGCGCUGGAGGCCCUGUCAAUCACUCCAUACUUCCGAAGCAGAGCUUUGCCCAAACGCAAGCAAUCAGGAAAAGCAAAGAAAGCUGCGGUUCACUGGCUGUUCUACUCAAUGGAAAUGGUGCAUGAAAACGACGGUGAACUCUCUAGCUCUUCCUCUUCUGGGAGUCUAGAAUUGUGUUGUGAGUGGGAUAGAUCGGAAGAAUCAAGUGAUGACGAACACGGAUGCAUCCAACCGUACAGGUCUGAACCUGUUACUGUGCAAUCUGAGAGCGACUCCGACCCCGAGAUGAACAGCGGACAGGCAGACAGCCCAGCAUUGAACACCACAAGGUUGGAUAACAAGGAUUGCAGCAGCCAGUAUGCACAGCAGCUGCCGAUGCAGCAAGCUCCACAUGCUCAACAGCCUGUUCACAUUCAAACAACUCCACCUACUCAACAGGCCCCGCCCACACAGCAGAGCUCCAUCCACAUCCCUGUAGGUCCGUCUCCAACUAAAAUGGUCAGUACUGCCACCAUUGUGCCUACAGCUUACCCCACUGCUCCAGGAUGCGAGUGGCAGGGGGAAAAGCCACAACGUGGCGUCCAUUUCAGAGAAGUCCCUAUUCAAGUUCCUCCUCCUGCCCCAGUUCAUGUUCCUCCUCCUGCCUCAGUUCAUAUUCCUCCUCCUGCCCCAGUUCAUGUUCCUGCUCCCACCCCUCCUGGCCCUGCCCAAUCCUCCAACAGGCCCCCAUGGGUCAUGGAUGACACUUUUGCCCAGAAGUUUGACCCCGGCAAGACCACCACCACCAGCACCAAAGUGCAGCCUCUUCCCACUGCGGCCCCACCACCUCCUGCCUACAUCCCCAACCCUUCUUCUGCCCCUGCCGCCCCCAGCCCUGCCGCAGCCCCCUUUAUCCCAGGCCCUUUCCCACCGGUGGCUCGUGGGGUGGCACAGAGAGCAGAGCGCUUUGCUGCCAGCAAUAGGACACCGAUGUGUGGGUUCUGCAACAACAUCAUCAGGGGGCCUUUCCUGGUUGCACUGGGCCGCUCGUGGCACCCGGAGGAGUUUAACUGCCAUUACUGCCACACAUCUCUGGCUGAUGUCAGCUUUGUGGAGGAGCAGAAUAAUGUUUACUGUGAGAACUGUUACAGAGAGUUCUUCGCCCCUACCUGUGCUCGCUGUAGCACUAAGAUCAUGGGAGAAGUGAUGCAUGCUCUGCGGCAGACCUGGCACACUACCUGCUUUGUGUGUGCUGCGUGUGGGAAACCAUUUGGAAACAGCCUCUUUCAUAUGGAGGAUGGAGAACCGUACUGUGAGAAAGAUUACAUUGCGCUCUUCAGCACUAAGUGCCAUGGCUGUGAUUUCCCAGUGGAGGCUGGGGACAAGUUUAUUGAGGCUCUUGGCCACACAUGGCACGAUACCUGCUUUGUGUGUACGGUUUGCCAUAUAAAUCUGGAAGGCCAGCCGUUCUAUUCUAAGAAGGACAAACCUUUAUGCAAGAAGCACGCUCAUGCCAUCAACGUGUAGCUCCACCAGGAGUCCAGCGAUCGUGCUGGUCGCUGCAUUUGCCUUCAUAUCAGUUCGAUAUCCUUUUAGAGAAGGAUCCGAAACCAAUUUAAAGACGGAUCCUAAAAAUAAACCAGCCCAACCUACAUGUUAUAUAUUUAACACUAAUAAUAAUAUACCAGAAGUUGCAAAGCGAUGUUUUAAUUUAAUACAGAAAUGAAGUUAGUGUGUGCUCUGGGCAUAGAUAAAACAUCUUCAUACAUUUAAUGCAAGUUGCCAUGAAGUGAACAUGCAGAGCUCUAAGGGUACGAACAAAAUAUCACUUUAGAUGAACUUGAAUUGAUUGUAUGAUCAUGCAAGUUGCAUUUGCAAUGCGCUCAUUUUAGUCAGGGUGAUUGAGUUUUGUUUUAUUUUAUUGGUUGAGCUUUUUAUUUAACCGGAAUUUGAUAUUUCACUUUUAUUGUGUUUGGAUUGUGUCGAUUUUUCAUUGGUAAAUGAAUGCAAUACACACCUACAGAGAGGCAAGUUAGUAUUUUUAUUUUAGUUAGAAAGAUUUGGUAUGAGGUCUAAUUAUGUGUUUUAACUUAAAUAAAGUUGUUGGGUGUGAAAUAUGUAUUUUAAGCAAAGUGUUCCUGAUUUUUUAUUUUUAGCCAAGAUCUUGUCAUUAGUGAUGUUGAGAUUAUAACUGUUAAUGCCUGAAACGUACCCAUGUACCUGUGCCUUAAAGCCCUAAACGAGAACCUUAAUAUUUUUAUUUUUUCCCAUCAGAUGCUUUAUUUGUACACAUCAAGGUUUAUGAGAACUAAGCGAUCGCUCGUAGCACUGGUAUCAUGAGGUCACGAGACAGUCGGCUGGUGUGCUGUUAUUUUAUUACUGAGUUCGUUUGAUACCUAAUUUAUUUUUGUGUAUGUGUGACGGGCAAUGCAUGAAUUGUUUGAAUCUGUGUGUUCCAGUUCCACUGAUAUCAAAUAAUUUAUCACAUCUGGCCUGUUGAUUUAUUAUCCAAAUGCCUGUCUUUUGAUUUUUAAUCUUAGAAACAGAAAGAGUUUUGCAUGUUCUCAUAUUCUUGUGAGUUUCCUAUGAAAAGCAGAGCAUGCUGGUAGGUGGAUGGGUUAGGAUAAAUUGCCCCGUGUGGUGUGUCUGGUGCCCUGCAAUGGACUGGGAGUCUUAUUCAGAGUGUAUUUCUCCCUCACGCUCAAUGUUCCUGGGAUAGACUCCGGAUACACCACGAUCCUGACCAGGAUAAAGUGCUUACUGAAGAUAAAUGAAUGAAUAAACACAAAUAUAACAGGAAAAAUGAAAUGAAAAUGCAGAACUCAACUGCUUUUGAUAGUGUUACACAGUUUCUGGAGUUGAAUGGGGAUUUAUUUUGCUGGGUUUCCGUCCUGUUAUUUAUUCCGUGUGUAUAAUUUAGCUCUGUAUUUCACCAUAAACUCUACUGUAAACAAACAAUAUACCAAUUUAGGUAAUAUUGUAAAAAAAAUAUUGUUGUAAAAUUGAGUAACAGGCUAAUACAGUAUUUAUAUUAUAGAUUUAUAUACCUUCCACUCUGAAAACACAUUUUGAUUAAAGAGUGUCUCAGAACAACUGAUGAUCUACUCAGAUUGUUUAAGACAAAUGAUCACCUAAACACGGUGUGUUUAAAAGGGAAGUAUUGUUAUGUAGCUAUGUACGUACAGACCGUUUGAAAAAAUGGGGAUGUGUGCAGGAACAUCACGGAAAUCAUGGUGUGUAGAUUUUCUCCAAAUAUAUAUUUGUUAUUUACCAGCUGGGAGGUCCGUAUCGUGAAAUACCGUGACCGAGGUCUUGAAAGUACUGAGCGAGGCUCUCUGGGCCGAGGUCAGUAUUCAAGGCCGAGGUCACGGUAUUUCACCAUACAGACCGACCUUAAGCUGGUAAAUAAUAUAUUUAUUUUUUUCUUUACCAAAUCCUAACAGAAAACGAGAGCGCCCGAAAGGGAGAGCCAAGCCGAGCCGCCAUUUUGAAUCCUCAUUCACGGCUGUAAUGCAAAUUGCUUCCUCCUCGGUAUACAAGUGCACUUCCAUGGCAGAAAAAAAAAAACUACAUUUUGCCGCCUAUGUAGUCCCCUAUUUAUACAAAAUUGAGUCAUUCAGGAUUCAGCCAUGUUUUUGCUCAGCGUUAGCAAGUUAGAGGUUUUUAGCUUUCUCCUGAAAUGUUUUCUUUUAUUUCUUCUUCCUCAGGGUAGUAAAACUCGCUUUCGCUGUGAACGCUGUCGUUAUCGCUAUCCAUGCUGUAAAAUUAAUGCUAUUCUCCUGAGAAAUGCUGGCAAACAUUUAAGAUUUUUGAUAAUCUGAUAAAUAAAUCUUAUUAAAAAAAGAUAAAUGUUGACAAAAAAAUGGUACUAUAUUUGUUGUUGUUGUGAACGAGCGAGUCGCCAGAGGUCUGUAACCGGGGUCCGUAACCGGGGUCCGUAUCGUAGGAUACGGACCCGCUCGCCAGCCAAUCAGAGCGCAGGAUUUGAUGGAAACCGCACCACGAAAAAAAUAAUUAAUAGUUAUUCCACAAAAUCGAGUCGUACAUGAGCUGAGAGCUGACGAGGCACGUAGCACCGAGUUGGCUAUAAGCCAUGUACGACUAGAUUGAGUGAAAUAACUGUUUUAUUCUAUCCACAUUCACUGGAUUUUGAGAAACAGAGCAAUUUUUUUUGCAAAGUCGAUAAAUAAAAACUUUAUACAAAACAUCUAACAAUGUAAACAAACCGAUGAAAUAACAGUAGCAAUUUGUGAAAAAAAAUGCUAUGAUGAUGAUUCUUGAAAAAAAAUUUUUUUUAAAAGAUACGUUCUUACCAUCAAAUACUUUCAUUCCAUAUUUUGUUGCUUUUUUUUGUAUUUUUUAGGGUUUUGUUUUCAAGUAGUUUUUAUUUCGUCCUCAGUUGGUUCAGCAACACACUCCGCCAUUUUGUUUUUCUCUACUCACGGUAUAUGAGCUGAUAUCAUAGUAGUAGAGUAGCCAAUCAGAGCACGCGAUUGCUCAUAUCCAGUGAAUGUGGAUGGAAUAAUUAUUUGUUAUAGCCUAUUGAACUAUGAAUUGUCUCACGACUGGUUGUCCACUAAUGUAACAUUUCUUUGUCCUGUAGAAUUUGCAGAUUGUAACAAGUGAAAGCAAUUUUACGGAAAUUUUCUAAAACCAGUAACCCAUCCAUCCAUUAUCUGUAGCUGCUUAUCCUGUCCAGGGUCGCAGGCAAGCUGGAGCCUAUCCCAGCUGACUAUGGGCGAGAGGCGGGGUAAAACCAGUAACCCGGUCAUUCAGAUCUUUAACGAUUUACAAUUUCUCAUACAACCACAACCUGACAAAAAUGGCUCAAAAAUUGGCAUAACUAAGUAUGUUGAGAUGCGUAACAUAAACCCAGGUUUCUUUUGAAGUUGACUGGCUACUGUAGACACUUGCGCCAUCUGAAGGGCACAUCCGGUGCUGAACUGCUCAACAUCCAAGAUAUCAUAUAAUACACAGCAUGUGUACGAAAUCAGAAACAUUUUCUUCGUUGCUCCAUCUAAUACGUGAACCUUUCAUUCCCUGUCUUGUUACUGCAGCCUGCCAUUCCAGCACAUUGGCAUUUUUUAAAUAGUAUAUGUCCACGUGGGGCAGCAUGGCGUUGCAGCGGGUAGCAUCACUGCCUCACAGCUUCAGGGUCCUGAGCUUGCUGUCUGUACAGAGUUGCUCAUCUUCUCCCUGUGUUUGUCUGGGUUUCCAUUGGGUUAUUUGGUUUCCUCCCACUGUUCAGCAACAUGCUGUGCUAAAUUGCCCCGAGGUGUGAAUAAGUGUGAGAUUAGUGUUCUGUGAUGGACUUCCCAUCCAUGAAUUCUCCUGCACAUCCUGAUGCGCUCAGUGUUACCCGGAGAGGAUCUGGAUCCACCGCAACCCUAAUCAUGAUAAAGCAGUUGGCUUUAAUUUGCUCAAACAUACCAAAAGUCAUGGUUAAAUACCGGAUAAACCGCGCCCUCCUCUAUGUAUGAAUGUACACUACUGUUCAAAAGUUUGGGGUCACUUUGAAAUGUCCUUAUUUUUGAAAGAAAAGCACUGUUCUUUUCAAUGAAGAUCACUUUAAACUAAUCAGAAAUCCACUCUAUACAUUGCUAAUGUGGUAAAUGACUAUUCUAGCUGCAAAUGUCUGGUUUUUGGUGCAAUAUCUCCAUAGGUGUAUAGAGGCCCAUUUCCAGCAACUCU